AUGUCGUUCCAAACACCGCCCCCACCAACUAGCAUCUUCGAGGUCUCAUUCCCAAGCCCGGGGGUGUUACUCGCAACAAUCAACCGAGAGAAGCGUAUGAAUUCGGUUCCUAUCCAGGGUCAUCAUGAAGGUACAGCGCUCUGGAAUUGGAUGGACAAUGAGCCGUCGAUGCGGGUGGGCAUCAUUACCGGGAAAGGGAGCAAGGCCUUUUGCGCAGGUGCCGACUUGCUCGAGCAACGGGACAUUAGUCGCGGCGACGAGACCCGGCCGAACAAGGUUGCCGAAGGUGGAUUUGCUGGACUGAGUCAACGACGCGGUAAAAAGCCCGUCAUUGCCGCGGUGAACGGACUCGCCUUGGGUGGUGGAUUUGAAAUCUGUUUGAAUUGGUGCGUCUUGGCUGCCUUGGAAAGUGGGAGAGAAGAAGGGGAAGAAGAAAGGGGAAAAAUAACUAACAGUUACACCCCGCCUCGUGAUUUAUUUAGUGAUCUCAUCGUCGCCUCGCCCCAGGCGUAUUUCGGACUUCCCGAAGUCCUGCGCGGACUGUACGCAGGAGCCGGAGGGCUCUCACGGAUCGUGCGCGACUGCGGUAUGAGAAUCGGCACCGAACUGGCGCUGACCGGUCGUCGUGUUCCCGCCCAGGAGGCUCUCUCCCUGAGAUUGAUCAACCGCAUCGCUCAAUCUCACGAAUCAGUCCUCGAUGAAGCUCUGGAGAUGGCCAAGGAGAUUGCCAACAAAUCUCCCGAUGCCAUUAUCGUGUCGCGCUCGGGGCUUCGCGAGUCAUGGGAGACGGCCAGUACGAUAGAAGCCGACAAGAUUACGGCGGAAAAGUAUGGUCGAGGGUUGCUCGCUUCGGAGAAUCUCAGGAUUGGCUUGGAGGCGUUUGCGGCGAAGAAGCAGCCGCAGUGGGUGGCGUCCAAGUUGUAG